GUGUUGAGGACUCGAGCGGUUUUCAUCUUCCCACGCUGUCUCGGGCUGGGUGCCCAGAAAGGAAACCCAGGCACCCCAUUCCUGGCCUCUGUCUCCCGCACCCUAUCCCUUCACAGCCUGUGCUUUACGGGGACUGGAGAUUUCCAAAACCUGACCCGAUCCCUCCCCAGUUCAGUUCCUUCUACUGCUUUGGGUGGAAGGCUGGUCGCUGUGUUAAAAGGCAGGAACGAAAGUUGCAUUUAAACUUUAGGAGCUGCGUCACGGCAGUCUCCUGGAGAAAGCUCCGCCGAACGGGACAGAUUCUUUUUGCAACUUGGAGGCGCCGGGCGUGGAGAGGAGGCGGCGCGCGGGGCGGGGGCGCGCGGGGCCGGGGUGCAGGCGGGGACGCGGGGUGACUCGGGCCGGGCCGCUGUAGCACACAGGGGCUCGGUCUCUCGGCUUCAGGCGGAGUCCGGCUGCACUGGGCUGGGAGCGCGGCGGGACGCGAACCGGGAGGCUGGCAGCCCGCGGGCGAGCCGCGCUGGGGGGCCGAGGCCGGGGUCGGGGCCGGGGAGCCCCGAGAGCUGCCGCAGCGGGGUCCCGGGGCCGCGGAGGGGCCAUGGCUGCCGGCAGCAUCACUUCGCUUCCCGCACUGCCGGAGGACGGCGGCGGCGCCUUCCCACCCGGCCACUUCAAGGACCCCAAGCGGCUCUACUGCAAGAACGGCGGCUUCUUCCUGCGCAUCCAUCCAGACGGCCGCGUGGACGGCGUCCGGGAGAAGAGCGACCCACACGUCAAACUACAACUCCAAGCAGAAGAGAGAGGAGUUGUGUCCAUCAAGGGAGUGUGUGCGAACCGGUACCUGGCUAUGAAGGAAGAUGGACGGCUGCUGGCUUCAAAGUGUGUUACAGAAGAGUGUUUCUUCUUUGAACGCCUGGAGUCCAAUAACUACAACACUUACCGGUCACGGAAAUACUCCAGUUGGUAUGUGGCACUGAAACGAACUGGGCAGUAUAAACUCGGAUCCAAAACGGGGCCUGGACAGAAGGCCAUACUGUUUCUUCCAAUGUCUGCUAAGAGCUGACUCUCUUUAGACACUGUCACUGAGAGAAAAGAAAAGAAUGUACACAGCUAAGUUUGGAUGCCUUUUAUGUAACAAUAAGACACUUAACCAUUACCUCAGUAAAGAAAAACAACAAUUUUUGGAGAAUAUUUAGACUUCCCCAUUUUAUAUAGCUUUGGUUGUGACCCAGUGAAAAUUCUAGCCACAAUCUUUGUCACGUAUUUCCUUUAUUUGAAAAGAGGAUUUAAACAUAUAUACAUUUGUGAAUUUCUACCCUGGAAAUCAAGUAUGUGAGGAAGGCUGGCAUUCAAUCUGUUCCCAUUUCGGCCUUGUACCUCUCAGGCAGUCGCCUGUGGUAGAGCUUGUAG